GGGCAGACGGGCACGUGCAGACGUGAAUGCAGGGCGCCCAGUCCUGGCCCACACCCCGCCCUUCCCCCAAACCCUGUGGUGCCUGAGAAAAGUAAACAAACGUUGGGUCCAUCUUCCGAUCUUGUUGCAAUUGUUCGGGCAGGCGCGGGCGUUUCUUACAGCAGCGCCAAAGUCCGAACCACCACGAUCCCUGGGCCAAAAACCACGACAACGCCAGAAUGAGGGUUACCGAAGUCAUUAUCGACGGCUUCAAGUCGUACGCCGUUAGAACGGUAAUUUCGGGAUGGGACGAGAGCUUCAACUCCAUUACCGGCCUCAACGGCAGCGGUAAAUCCAACAUCCUCGACGCCAUCUGCUUCGUCCUCGGUAUCACCAAUAUGUCAACAGUCCGCGCUCAAAACCUGCAGGAUCUUAUCUACAAACGAGGCCAAGCCGGCGUCACGAAGGCCAGCGUCACAAUAGUGUUCGACAAUAGAGACAAGAAAAAGUCACCAAUCGGAUUCGAGGAGUAUGCGACCAUUAGCGUUACCCGCCAAAUCGUGCUCGGAGGCACUUCAAAAUACCUGAUCAACGGUCAUCGUGCGCAGCAACAAACCGUACAGAACCUCUUCCAAUCGGUUCAACUCAAUAUCAACAACCCCAACUUCCUCAUCAUGCAGGGCCGCAUCACAAAAGUUUUGAAUAUGAAGGCCGUUGAAAUCCUGGCCAUGAUCGAGGAGGCAGCUGGCACAAGGAUGUUCGAGGACAGGAGGGACAAAGCACUCAAGACGAUGGCCAAGAAGGAGAUGAAGUUACAGGAGAUCAAAGAACUCUUGCGGGAUGAGAUCGAACCGAAACUGGAGAAGCUACGAACCGAAAAGCGCGCAUUCCUCGACUUUCAGCAAACUCAAAACGACCUGGAGCGAUUAACAAGGCUCGUGGUGGCGCACGAUUACGUAAGGUGUCAGGAGAAGCUACAACAGUCAGCAUCGGAUCUUGAGACGAAGAAGCAGCGCCAGAAAGAACUUGAGGAAUCUGCUAUCCGGCUGAAAAAUGAGAUAUCCCAUCUGGAGGAGGACUUACAACGGGUUAAGGCACAGCGCGACAAGGAGUUACGAAAAGGUGGCAAGGCGCAAGCCCUGGAAGAAGCAGUGAAGAAGCACGCCAACGAGCUGGUAAGGCUUGCUACUGUUGUGGAUUUGAAGAAGAGCAGUAUGAAGGAGGAGCAAGAACGGAGGAAAGCUGGAGAGAAGAACGUUGCCGACCUGGAAGCGGCGCUGAAGGAAAAGACGAAGACGUACGAGAAGAUCAAGGCGAAAUACGAUGCCGCCAAGGAGACGCUUGAAAAGCAGAGGCAAGAAGCUGACACCAAGGAAGAGCUGCUACAAACCCUGCAAACUGGUGUUGCGUCCAAGGAAGGACAGGAGAACGGUUACCAAGGACAACUACAAGACGCGAGAAACAGGGCCACGGCUGCGGCAACUGAACAAGAGCAGGCAAAGAUCAAAAUCGUCCAUCUGGAGAAGCGAAUCAAAGAGGAAGAACCCCGGGCCAGGAAAGCCAAAGAGCAAAACGCCGGCUUGCUGAAGGAUCUCGAUGGCCUGAAAGCCCAGGCUCAGAGGCUUGAGAAGGAGCUUGGAAAGCUUGGGUUCCAACCCGGGACGGAGGAAGAAAUGUACAAGCAGGAAAGCUCGCUCCAGCAGACUAUCCGCAAUCUCGGGCAAGAAUCCGAUGCGCUUAAACGCAAGGUGGCAAAUAUCGACUUCAACUACGCCGAUCCAGUCCCAAACUUUGAUCGAUCAAAAGUGAAAGGGCUAGUCGCGCAACUCUUUUCAUUACCCAAAGAGUAUAUGGAAGCUGGAACAGCGCUGGAGAUCUGCGCUGGAGGCCGUCUAUACAACGUGGUUGUUGACACCGAAGUCACUGGCACACAACUACUGCAAGGCGGUAGAUUGCGAAAGAGGGUUACCAUUAUUCCCUUGAACAAGAUCUCUGCUUUCAAGGCUUCUGCACAAACGAUUGCCAAUGCGCAACGAAUCGCUCCAGGAAAAGUGCACCUAGCUUUGUCCCUAGUUGGGUACGACGAUGAAGUGUCAGCGGCAAUGGACUAUGUCUUUGGAAAUACGCUCAUUUGCGCUGAUGCAGACACAGCCAAGAGGGUGACGUUCGAUCCAAAUGUCCGCAUGAGGAGCAUCACAGUGGAGGGUGAUUCGUACGAUCCAUCUGGUACACUAUCGGGUGGAAGUGCACCCAACUCGAGCGGCGUUUUGGUUACUUUGCAGAAGCUCAAUGAAAUCAAUCGGCAGCUAAAGGAAGCAGAGACCGCCCUCAAUGAGCUGCGCGGCCAAAUUUACCGGGAAAAAACGAAACUUGACCAAGCAAAGAGAAUCAAGCAAGAACUUGACCUCAAAGCCCAUGAGAUCAAGCUAGCGGAGGAGCAAAUUGGCGGCAACUCAUCGUCGUCGAUCAUCCAAGAGAUUGCAAAUAUGAAGGAAACAAUAGUCCAACUCAAGCAGUCGAUCAUGGAGGCCAAGCAGCGACAAGCGGAAGCCACCGCCGAAGCCAAAAGAAUCGAAAAGGACAUGAAGGACUUUGACAAUAAUAAAGACGCCAAGCUUGUGGAGCUGCAAGCUUCAGUCGACAAGCUACGUGCGUCCCUGGACAAGAUGUCUGUUACUAACAAGGCGUUGCAAAAAGAGCUUCAGGAGGCGCAACUGGACUCCGAGCAGGUUGCUGCGGAUCUCGCAGCUGCGCGGGAGCAGGUUCAAGAUAUCGACGUUGCUCUCAAAGCCCAACAAGAGGAGAUCGACGACAUCGUGAAGCAAGGAACAGUCCUUCAAGAGACCCACGACGCCGUCCUAGCACAGCUGGAAGAUGAACGGACCAAACUGCAUGUGUAUGACGACGAGCUCCGGGCUUUGGAAGAUGCUACCAGAUCCAAGAAUGCUCGAAUCGCCGAGGAGGGGCUUGAACUGCAGAAGCUCGGUCACCAGAUCGAGAAGUUCCACAAGGAGCAGCAGCAAGCCGCGCAGACAGCCUCACACAUGGAGCGCGAGCACGACUGGAUCGCCGAGACCAAGGACCAAUUUGGCCGGCCCGGAACGCUCUACGACUUCAAGGGCCAGAAUAUCGCCGAGUGCAAGUCCACGCUGCGGAACCUGACGGAGCGUAGCCAGGGCCUGCGCAAAAAGAUCAACCCAAAGGUGAUGAACAUGAUCGACAGCGUCGAGAAGAAGGAGGUGUCGCUCAAGCACAUGAUGCGUACCGUCAUCCGCGACAAGCGCAAGAUUGAGGAAACCAUUCUUAGUCUGGACGACUACAAGAAGAAGGCGCUGCAGGAGACGUGGGAGAAGGUCAAUGCCGACUUUGGACAGAUCUUUGCCGAGCUGUUGCCGGGCAGUUUCGCCAAGCUGGAUCCUCCCGAAGGCAAGACCAUCAGCGAGGGCUUGGAAGUCAAGGUGCAGCUUGGUAAAGUGUGGAAGCAGAGCCUUACCGAGUUGAGCGGUGGUCAAAGAUCCCUAAUCGCCCUCUCCCUCAUCAUGGCUCUGCUCCAGUUCAAGCCCGCGCCCAUGUACAUUCUCGAUGAAGUCGAUGCGGCGCUCGACCUGUCGCACACGCAGAACAUUGGCCGCCUGAUCAAGACCCGGUUCAAGGGCUCGCAGUUCAUCGUCGUCAGUCUCAAAGACGGCAUGUUCCAGAACGCCAACCGCAUCUUCCGGACGAGAUUCAGCGAGGGAACGAGCAUGGUGCAGGCGCUCACGCCGGCGGAUUUGAAGUGACAUGUUCAUCUUUUAGGCAAAUAGACUUGUAUGAUCAAAGGCUGGGAUUGGAAUACCGAAGGGCGGAGGAAAAAGAAGCAGGAUGGUCGUUUGUUCAUGAACAUUGGGCGUGAUGGGAUCUGGCUUGGUUGAGUUAUGAAUGAAUUUGUAGCUCUUACAUUUCAUGUGUAAUUGUGGGAAACGGAUAUGGAGAAUCGACAAUUGGGAGCUCGAAUCAACGAACAACUUUGGUGUC